AUAUAAAAUUCGUUAAUUGCUAUCCGUAGUGCUCGGAUGUAAAAAGAGCAUGUCCCUCCACAAACGUGUUCGGAAUUUCGACGCCGAAGGAAUAGAAAACGAUCAUUUUUGCGGUAUUUGUGUUAGUUUUGAAAAAUAAUAAUAUCAAGAUUUUCUUCUCUAAUUAAUUUCUAAAUUGAUGUUUUGCAUAACUGUACAUUUCAUACGUUUUAAAAAAUUUCUGUAUAGUUUGGCUCUGAUAUUUUUUUGUUUUAUUCUUUGUAAGAACUAGAAAUAAAUAUAUUUGUGUUAGUUGCACCGGUCUUCAAAUUUUAACAUGACUGCAGCAGACGCUCAAGUGGAGAGCGUCACACAGCCGCUAAAGUAUCCGAAGUCCGUUUUCUUCAUCAUCGGGAAUGAGCUCUGUGAGGGUUAUUCAUAUUAUGGAAUGAGAGUCAUUUUGGUCCUCUAUCUGCGGAACGCUUUAAGUUACUCAGAGAAUGACGCUAUCACAAUUUACCACAUAUUUUGUUUCUUUCGCUAUCUGCUCCCAGUAUUUGGUGCAAUCUUGGCGGAUGUCUACAUAGGGAAGUAUAAAACUAUUAUAUUUUCAUCAACAGUGCACGCAACAGGAACCGUGAUCAUAGCACUCGCGGCAACGCCAUGGAUUAUCUCUUCCAGAGUAUUCUCUCUAUCUGGACUAACCUUGGCGGCGAUAGGGUCUGGUCUGCUGAGACCGUGCGUGAAUCCUUUCGGCGGGGAGCAGUUCGUUCUGCCGCAACAAGCAAAGCAACUGGCCAACUUCUUCGCAAUUUUUUAUUUCAUGAUCAACGUGGCGGCACUCACAGCUUGCAUUACGACCCCUAUCCUACGCCAGGACUUCAAAUGCUUCGGUCAAGAGUCCUGCUGGCCGCUCGCCUUUGGGGUUCCAGCUUUACUCACGUUCAUAGCUCUCGGAUUAUUUGUGUCGGGGAAACCUUGGUAUAGGAUGCAACAACCGAAAGGGAAUGUUCUUUUAGACACGAUGAAGUGUAUUUCGUAUGCUUUACGAAAAAAACUUUCAUCGAGCGAUGUGACAGAAAAACCAUCUCAUUGGCUGGAAUACGCUAAAGACAAAUUCGACCAACAAUUAUUGAAAGACAUUCGAGAAGUAUUCCGAGUGGUUCCGAUGUACAUCCCAGUACCUAUUUACUGGGCUCUUGCUAACCAACAGGGAUCCACGUGGGUUUUCCAAGCCUCAAAAAUGGACGGAGCUGUUGGUAACUGGUUUGUCAUCAAACCGGACCAGUUGGGAACCCUGAACCCCCUGUUAUGCAUCCUCUUCAUCCCGUUGUUCCAAUGGUGUGUGUAUCCAGCACUGGCCAAAAUUGGCAUCAAGCGACCACUCCAAUUCAUCAACAUCGGAGCAGCGCUGUGCGCACUUGCGUUCCUCAUUUCAAGCUAUGUCGAAUACAAACUCGAGCCAUCAUAUGCACAACUUCCUGCUCCGGGACAAGGACAGCUAAGGAUUUUCAACGGUUUUCCAUGUCAGGUUGAACUAGACCCUCCCAUAUCCGGACGUAACUUCAUUCCGCCACUUGGAUCGCUCCAGUUGACAGACAUCCCGGUGAAUGGAACUCGAUCAAUGAGCGAAACAUUUGUGUUAAAUUCAGGACUGCCCUGCGGAAAAAUUCCUUUACUCAAAAACUGGACCACAGAUUUUCAAAUUUUUGAGGAGCAGAGUACAUCAUACGUUCUAUCUAAUCGCGAUGGAGCUGCCGAAGUUCAAAGAGUUCCUGGCUUUGACGAGGUUUCAAAAUCUUUGACCAACAUGCCUAGACUCAGAGUGAUUUACAACAUAGCUGGAACUCUAGUCUUGAAGAAUCAGUACGAUGAUGAAUUUAAAUUCCAGCUUCAAGCAGAUGAUUUGGUCACGGAGUUACUGGAGGUUUACUCUGGCAGGUAUCGAGUAUCAUUUCAAAAUGAGGAAAUUCUAUCUGAUACUUUAGUCGAAAGUGGUGGGAUCUAUACACUGGUGGUCCAAAAAGUUGACUCGAAAAUUGUUGGCAAUCUGCAUGUAAUUACUUCUCCAGCAACGUUGCACAUAUUCUGGGCAAUACCUCAAAUUGUUGUCAUAUCGGUGGCUGAGAUAUUCCUCAGCGUCACUUACAUAUCUUUCACCUUUACACAGGCUCCGGACAGGAUGAAAUCGAUCAUGUCCUCCGUUCUGAAUAUGAGUGUCUCCCUAGCCGACGUCCUUGUUGUCUUCAUCUCAGCAGCUAAAUUUUUCAAGAGCCGGACGCAUCAGUUUUUGUUUUUCACCGGGCUCAUGGUUUUCGAUGUGAUUUUGCUUCUCAUAUUGUCCGUGCGUUAUAAAUACAGGGAGACGAAUUGUUCAGAUGACCAUUUACCUUCAGAGGCGGAUGUACAAUCAGGACAAACGACCAAAGGUGAUAGUAACAUGUGCAGUACUCAAGAUGGAUAAAUAAAUAAUAUUAUUUUAAAAAAUUGAA